AUGCCUUCCAAGUACAAAAGGUUGACAGACAGGACCUUUUGUUCAGCAGACAUGAAAGUCGCAACAGAAGAUGUUUUGUCUGGAAAGUAUUCCUAUAGGAAAAGCGCAGAAGAGCAUAAUGUGAAAAAAUCAACUCUGGCAUUAUAUGUCAAAAAAGCAAAGGACGUUGGAAUUGAAAAUGUUUCAUUUUCUCCACAUUUCGUUACAUGUCAAGUUUUAUCUAAUGAAUUAGAAGCGUCACUUGCCUGUUAUCUUAAAACUUGCUCGAACAUGUACCAUGGUUUAACUCCAAAGGCAACGCGCAGAUUAGCAUAUGAGUUUGCGGAAAAAAAUCACGUUAAAGUUCCAGACUCUUGGAAAGCAAAUAAAUUAGCUGGAAAGGAUUGGUUCACGGGUUUUUUAAAUCGACAACCCCAUUUGUCUAUAAGAACUCCGGAAAACACAAGUUUAGCGAGAAUUUCCAGUUUUAACAAAUCUACGGUUGGGGCAUUUCAAGCUAAGUUAGAGGAGGUCCUGAAGAGGCACGAAUUUACUAGAUCAGACAUAUUUAAUUUGGACGAGACGGGUGUGACCACAGUUCAAAAAACGCAAAAAGUGGUUGCGACGAAAGGCCAGCAUCAAGUGGGUAAGGUCACUUCACGUGAAAGAGGACAGCUGGUGACGCAAGUAGGCAUCAUUGGAGCGAAUGGAAUAGCACUUCCUCCAGUGUCGGUGUUUCCAAGGAAAAAGUUUGACAAACAUCGAAUGUUAAGUGGUAUUCCUGACGAGUAUGGCGCAACCGGCUUAGUUCAUUCAUCUGGAUGGACGACCUCGGAUAAUUUUUUACGUGUUUUAGAACACUUCGUAGCUCAUGUUCGAUGUUCUAAAGAACGUCAAGUCAUCCUCAUAAUGGACAAUCACGAAUCCCAUUUAUCUGUUCCUGCAAUUGAUUACUGCAAAGAAAAUGGUAUUACGAUCCUAACUCUGCCACCCCACACAUCUAACAAAUUGCAACCUUUAGAUCGGACUAUUUUCGGCCCAUUUAAAAGAUAUUUUAACCAAGGAGCAGAUGACUGGAUGCUCUCUCAUCCAGGACAGACUUUGUCGAUAUAUGACCUGGCAGCAAUAUGCAUGAUAGCUUGGGAUCGAUCUGCAACUCCCUCAAACAUAAAAUCUGGAUUCCGUUGCACUGGAAUUUGGCCAUUUGAUAAAAAUAUUUUCAGCGAAGAAGAUUUCCUUUGCUCGUUUGUUACAGACAGAAUAGCACCUCCAACAGAAAAUAAGGUUUUAGAAAAAAAUGUAGAUGCAUCAUUACCAUCCACCUCUUCUGCACAGCCAUUACCGAAGCCCUAA